AUUUUAUGAUUGUAAAAAAUGUUUUGCAUUACACGUUUGGUUUGAACAGAGGAAUGGUGAUCCGAGGAGAGCUCCAGGACAUUGGAAGUAACGUAUUCCUCAAAUAUUUUUGCUUUCACUAAUCAAUUGCUAUCAUAAUAGAGAUCGUGAUCAGAUUUGAGAAUUGAGGAUGGGUUUCUUCAGUACUAUAUUCGGUUUUUUUGGCUUUGGAAUUGGGACUUCAAUUGGUCUUGUUGUUGGUUAUUUUCUCUUCAUUCACUUUCAACCCACUGAUGUUAAGGAUCCCAAAAUCCACCCAUUGGUGGACGAAGACCCUGCAACUCUGCAACGAAUGAUUCCUGAGAUCCCACUUUGGAUAAAAAAUCCUGACUUUGAUCGAGUUGAUUGGCUUAACAAGCUUAUUGAAUAUAUGUGGCCUUACCUUGAUAAGGCAAUAUGCAAGACUGCAGAAAACAUUGCAAAACCCAUAAUUGCCGAGCAGGUUCCAAAAUAUAAAAUUGAUUCUGUUGAGUUCGAAAAGCUCACAUUGGGGUCUCUGCCACCAACUUUUCAAGGAAUGAAAGUGUAUAUGACUGAUGAGAAAGAGUUAAUUAUGGAGCCUUCUAUAAGAUGGGCCGGAAAUCCUAAUGUUAUUAUUGCAGCUAAGGCAUUUGGUUUGAAAGCAACCAUUCAGGUGGUGGAUUUGCAAGUUUUUCUUGCACCUCGUAUUACUUUGAAGCCUUUGGUUCCAGCUUUUCCAUGCUUUGCCAACAUCUAUGUUUCUCUCAUGGAAAAGCCACAUGUUGACUUUGGGCUAAAGCUUAUAGGGGCUGAUCUUAUGUCUAUUCCUGGUCUCUAUAGGUUUGUUCAGGAGCUUAUCAAAGAUCAGGUUGCAAAUAUGUAUCUAUGGCCCAAAACACUGGAAGUUCAAGUUUUAGAUCCAACAAAAGCCUUGAGGAAGCCUGUUGGAAUUUUAAAUGCAAAGGUUCUAAAAGCAAUGAAGUUAAAGAAGAAAGAUCUUCUCGGCGCAUCUGACCCUUAUGUGAAGCUAAAGCUCUCAGGAGAUAACCUGCCAUCAAAAAAGACUACUGUGAAGCACAAGAACUUGAACCCUGAGUGGAAUGAGGAAUUUAGUUUAACUGUUAAAGAUCCUGAGUCCCAGACUUUAGAGUUUAACGUUUAUGACUGGGAGCAGGUUGGGAAGCAUGACAAGAUGGGAAUGAACGUGAUUCCUUUGAAAGAACUUCCUCCUGAAGAGCCUAAAGUUUUUACUCUUGACCUCCUAAAAAACAUGGAUCCCAAUGAUGCCCAAAAUGACAAGUCUCGUGGGCAGAUUGUUAUAGAAUUAACAUAUAAACCCUUCAAGGAGGAAGACUUAGCCAAGGGUUUUGAUGAGACACAGUUACAAAAUGCUCCUGAAGGUACUCCUGCGGGUGGAGGUCUGCUUGUAGUGAUAGUCCAUGAAGCUCAGGACAUUGAAGGAAAGUAUCACACCAAUCCACAUGUACGUCUUAUUUUCAAAGGGGAAGAGAGAAAGACAAAGAGCAUGAAAAAGAACAGAGAUCCAAGGUGGGAAGAGGAGUUCCAAUUCAUGGCAGAGGAGCCUCCUGCUAAUGAAAAAUUACAUGUGGAGGUUGUCAGCACUUCAUCGCGAAACCUGCUACGUCAGAAGGAAUCACUCGGUUAUGUGGACAUCAGUCUUGCGGAUGUUGUUGCUAACAAGAGAAUCAAUGAGAAGCACCAUCUUAUAGACUCCAAGAAUGGUCGCAUCCAGAUAGAGCUACUUUGGAGAGCUUCAUAAACUAGUAGAUAAAUUCUACAUGAGUUCACACUUUUCCAAAUUCCUAUUCCUCAUUUAAAAUUAAAUCUAGCAUGCAAUGUAGGAAAGGGUGAGAAUGACAUUUCUUGACUUGUUGUCGAUUUAGAUUGGUUUAUUUCUUAAUUCAUGUAUAUACACAUCUGUGAAAAUAAAAUUGUUGGUUUGGAAGCAAAAUCACAUGCAUGAUUUGGU